UAUAUGACGUCUUUAAAUGUCAGGUAUUUCGACCAAUGAUUUUACAGCCUUCCGUACUUACGUAAUUUCCGUCCCGGCUCUCCCUCUCUUCCGGAUUUCCUAGCGUGACCGACGUUUCGUGUCUUUUUAGACUUAAAAAUGCGUUACGUGGCCGCUUACCUCCUGGCUGUGCUCGGCGGAAACGCCAGCCCCUCUGCAAAGGACAUCAAGGCCAUUUUGGGAAGCGUCGGUAUUGAGGCAGAGGAUGAGCGCUUGAACAAGGUCAUCAGCGAGCUGAAUGGAAAAGACGUAAAUGAAGUGAUGAACUCAGGCCUCUCUAAGUUAGCCUCCGUGCCAGCAGGUGGUGCUGUGGCUGCCUGUGCUUCUGCUGGAGGUGCUGCUGCUGGUUCUGGGGCUGCACCUGCUGCUGCGGAAGAGAAAAAGGAAGAGAAGAAAGAGGAAUCAGAAGAGUCGGAUGAAGACAUGGGCUUUGGGCUCUUUGAUUAAACUCUCUUCUUUGUGCUUAAAAAGCAAUAAAAAAUGUAAAAGUUUACACCUGA